AUGUCCUCUCCCAAGAUCACCGUCCUCCUCAACUGGGCCGCCACCCCGUACCACGCCCCUCUCUACCUCGCCCAAAAGCUCGGCUACUUCCAGGACGAGGGCAUCCGUGUGGCCCUGCUCGAGCCCGCCGACCCCUCGGACGUUACUGAGCUCAUUGGCUCUGGCAAGGUUGACCUGGGUUGCAAGGCCAUGAUCCACACAAUUGCUGCCAAGGCCCGUGGCUACAAUGUCACCUCAAUCGGCACCCUUCUCGACGAGCCGCUGACCGGUGUGGUGUACCUCAAGGGCUCCAGCGGCAUCACCACGGACUUCCAGUCUCUCAAGGGCAAGAACAUCGGCUACGUCGGCGAGUUUGGCAAAGUCAUCAUCGAUGAGCUCUGUGCCCACUUCGGAAUGACCCCGGCCGACUACAACGCUGUGCGUGUCGGAAUGAACGUUACCGACUCGAUCAAGCGUGGCGUGAUCCAUGCCGGUGUUGGCUUGGAGAACGUCCAGUGCGUUGAGCUCGAGCACUGGUCCGAGGCAGAGGGCCGUGCUCGCGACGACGUUGGUCUGCUCCGUAUUGAUGAGCUUGCUCAGCUGGGAUGCUGCUGCUUCUGCUCGGUGCUCUACAUCGGAAACGACACCUUUAUCCAGCAGAACCCCGAGAAGGUUCGUGCCUUCAUGAAGGCCAUCAAGCGCGCCACCGACUACAUCCUGACCGACCCUACCAAGGCCUACAACAUUUACUGCGAAAUGAAGCCCCAUCUUGCAUCGCCUGUCAACCGCGAUAUCUUCACCAGAUCUCUGGUUUACUUCAGCAAGGACCUCAAGAACGUCCAGCGUGACUGGAACAAGGUUACCAACUACGCCAAGCGCCUCAAGAUUGUCUCGGAGGACUUUGUCCAGAACCAGACCAACGAAUACCUUGAGUGGUUUGUACUUGAUGGGAGCAUCGAAGCAAUACUCUCGGGACACUGCGGCUAG